UCCACCACAGUGGCAGCUCCUGCGGGCAGCUCGGCUGCUCCCAGAAAUAGUGUAGAGAAUCCAGGAAGCCUCCGAGCAGAAACAUGGCUGAAGUAGUUUCACCAGUAACUCGACAAGUAACUAAAGGAAACGUGGAAACGUGGAGCCAGUGUGUCGAUGUCCGUCUGGAAGAAGUGGAGGAUUGUUUAGUUUACGACCGACACGGAGUCUCUGCUCCUUUCAAGAAGUUAUACCAGGACAGGAGGGCGGUCAUAAUAUUCCUGCGGAAUUUCCUGUGCUACAGCUGCAAAGAAUAUGUGGACGAUUUGAGCAAAAUACCAAGAGAAGCACUGGAGGAUGCUGACAUUAGGCUGAUUGUGAUUGGUCAGUCUGCUCAUCAUCAUAUAGAGCCAUUCUGCUCGUUGACAGGCUAUCCUUAUGAAAUAUAUGUGGACCCGCAGAGGUGCAUUUAUCAAAAGCUUGGGAUGAAGAGAGAGGAGAAAUUUACAAACUCUGCAUCUCCUAGUCCCCAUGUGAAGUCUGGUGUUUUCCUGGGCCAGAUGAAGAAUAUAUGGAGAGCCAUGACCAGCCCUGUAUUCGACUUUCAGGGUGACCUACAUCAGCAAGGGGGAGCCAUCAUUGCAGGACCAGGCUCUCAAGUCCAUUUUUCCCAUUUUGACAUGAACCACCUGGACCACAUGCCCAUCACCUGGCUGCUGCAGCUGGCUGGAGUUCAACAGACUCUGGACUUCAGUGAUAAGCCAAAGAUCAUCCAUGUGUAGCCAUGUGGCCGCCCGAGAGAGUGCUGUGCCACCACAUCACUGUUAUUAUCACACGGGGACACAUGCUGCUUGUUUAGUUACAUCAUCUUUACAUACUGGCAUAUUGAACUAGAAGAGCUUGGGCAGCAUCAUUCUCAGUAACAGGUAUUUGUGUCCCAGUGAUUCUGAGUACAGUGUUUAUCAUUCCUGUGCGAGGUCCUGAGGUCACAAUCUUGAAUAGGUGUGAUUAUUUAAUUUAUUUCUUUAACCAGGGAAUUGAGAUACAUUAUCUUUUUUAUUUACAAGAGAGACUUGGAAAAGUGGAAAAUUAACAAAAUUACAUAAAAACACACACCACACAAACACACAUAAUAACACAACAGAAGAAGACCUGAAAGACAUGACAGUUUAUGUUAUGUUGUAGGACAGGGCAAUAAAACAAUAUUAAUAUUAAUAGCAAUAUAAGUUUCAUCAGUAGCGAAAUAACAAAAGUCCAAUAUACAUCUAUUAUAUUGCUUAUGCAUUGUGGAAGCACAGCUCAUAAAGAAAAGUUUAAAACCACAACCCUCACUCAGGAGUAAAAACAAGUCUUAACUUCUUUAACUAAGAAAUAAUAACGUAACAUUUAUCAUGAUAAUAAUCAAUAUCGACUGAUAUGAAAUGUUUAAUCUUGACGUGCUAUUUGGAUACAUCGCCAUAGUUGAGCGUGAUCCUCAUUGUCAAUCUUUUAAAUAGUAGUUUUAGUAGAGAAAAUGAAAAUAACUCAAGGUCUCCUUACUGGCUUUUUGCAGAAUUUCCAGUCACAUCUCUUGGGCUGAUGAACUGGGAAAUGUUAGAAAGGAAACUCGUUUUGCUACUGAAAACUAUGAGAUGGGAUAAAAAGCUUGUAAAAUGAACCUUGGGGUGAUUUUGUUUUUGGUCUUUCUUGCAAAAAUAACACGGGUGAGUUUAUAAGAGGGGUACACAUGCACGACUGUUGUCAGGUAGGAAUACACGCAGUGCGAUGUCUCAUGUUUUGUAAUACUGUUGGCACACUGGUGACCUAGAUAUUAGGCCUUGUCGCAUCCCUUCCUUUUUAUACCCACUGUCUUCAUUUGCUCAGUAUUUAUUACACUGUAAAUAAAGUUGAACUGCCACA